AUGCAGGCUCUGGUGCGCGAUGGGUACAAAUGCGUCAUAACCGGGAAGGACCAUGUGGAUAAAAUCACGACCUGGACGGGUUUCGACCUCGACACAACGGAUGCAGCGCAUAUCAUGCCCUUCGGUCUGAACGAUUUCGAGGAGACGGACGUUCCCACGAUGGUCGACGAGACUGCAGUGUGGGCAGCCUUACAAGCAUUUUCUGGUCGUUCACUGGACGGUCUCAGGGGCGAUGACAUCAACUCUCUGGAGAACGUGCUUACUCUUUCGGCCUCCGUGCAUCGGUUGUUUGGCCAGCUUGUACUGGCCCUCGAACCCAUAGAAGCAAAAUCCAACGUUUAUCGCAUUCUCACUUGGGGUAAUGCGAAGAAUCGUCGCGAUCUAUCCGAGACCGUCACUUUAAGUGACCAUUCUAAUUCUGGCAAGGCGUUGCCCAACUCGGCCUAUUUGUCACUUCAUGCUGCAAUAUGUAAGGUUCUUCACGCGUCUGGCCGCGCAAAGGAGUUGGACAGAAUUCUCGCGGAUCUGAACGAGGGGGAGACGCCUGUACUCUCGCAUGGCAGCACGGCAGAUCUACUCGAGGUAGCUCUGCUGAGGGCUGUUGCAGUAGGUUGA